CGGAAGCAGACACAAAGGAGUCGGUAAUUGUUAUUGCAAAUUUUCUGCAGGACGAACAAGGAGUGGUAAAAGUGAAUCACGCCUUUCUGUGGACGCAAAAAAGUGAAAAACCAUAAAGUAAAACAUUUGUACAAAAUAAAUAAUUAUUUACAAAUAAUAUGUGCAUAUUUGGUUUAACUGAGUUCAAAAGUGCGAAAGUAGAGGAAUCAAUCGCUGCCAAACAACGUGUAGCAAAAAAUUCCUCGAACUAGGUAUAUUUAAUUGGGGAAACUAAUUUAAAAACCUGAAUUAAUAAAAAAGAGUUGCAGCAUGCCUAGCUCAUUGUUAUUUGCCACCAAUAGUGAAGGCCGCGUGUAUACACUGUCAACCAAUUCUUCCUCUUGGCGAGAGUUCCCAUACUUGGGUUUAGAGUUCAAAAAAAUUGCUGCUGUGCCACAUUUUGUAUGGGCCAUUGGUGGUGAUCGUCAAGUCUAUGUGUAUGUAUUUGGCUUAGAUGUACCCAUACGCGUCAAAGAAGAGUCGUACGAGAAUGAACGCUGGUUACCGAUUGAAGGAUUUUCGAAAAAGUUGUUGCCUACCGAUCGCUAUAAGUUCUCCUCAGCUGAUGGCAGUGUGGAACGCAACAUUGAUAAGGUUAGGUUGCCAUCAAUGGCGUGGCAAUGGGAUGGAGAUUGGCAUUUAGAUCUCGAUAUGGACGGUCAGCAGUUAGCGGAAGAUGGUUGGAUGUAUGCGUUAGAUUUUCCCGCUACAUACUCGGUGAAGAAUUCAUGGAACUCGUAUGUACGGCGUAGAAAAUGGGUACGUUUUCGCCGCUAUAGUGCGCUGAACAGCUGGUGUGCUGUAGCGCCACUACAUAAAGACCCCACACAAGAGCCUUUUAUUGAUGUUUCUGUUGGGGGCACAAAUGUACCAAAUGCACCAUUGGGUACUAUGAUCGUGUGGGCUAUCACUGCACACGGAAGGGCAAUGUUUCGCACCGGCGUAAGCACUUCUGCACCAGAAGGUCUUCGCUGGAAUGCAAUUAACACUCCUCCCGGCUGUGAGUUGGCACAAAUAAGUGUUGGUCCGACUGGUCUUGUCUGGGCGGUGCUAUAUAAUGGACGCGCUAUUGUACGUACUGGAGUAACGCGCGAAAAUCUCUCGGGUGAAGCGUGGCUAGAUGUCAAGCCUCCAAUUAGCAGCAAUGAUUCAUCGAGCACACUCAAAAUCAGCCAAGUCUCAGUGGGUACCGAUACUGUUUGGUGUGUAACCAAUGAUAGCCAUGUAUGGUUCCGACGCGGUGUCAAAGGUGAAGCAGCUGGUAUCAGCGAGGAUGCUGCCAUUGGCAGUGGUUGGGUAGAGAUGAUUGUGAACAUAUCGUCGAUAUCUGUAGCACCUAAUGAUCAAGUUUUCGCUGUCGGUUCAUCGGAUCGUGCCCUAUACUUUCGAUCAGGCGUGUCCACUUCUGAUCCGACUGGCAAGCAAUGGCGGCAAAUUCAGUGCCCUAUGCAGAUAAGUCGCACGUCUAGUUCCAUGUCGAUUGUGUCACGACGCAGUGGCAGUGGCUCAACACCCGGUUCAAAGCAUCAGAGUUUCUCAAAUUUGUAUAGCAAGGAUAAGGAAAAAGGUGUUGUAGAGACAUGUGCACCCAUUGAAAAUGUGUCCGCCAGCCCUGCUUCCACGAAUAGCAGCGCAACGGGUGCAGCAGCAGCGCAGGCGCGGCUCAAAAGCGACAUCUGGAAAUAUUCAGCUGAUUCACCGCCCAACAUCGGUAGUUUGAAUUUAAACGAGCGCCAUAAGAAACGCACUUCUGCGAUGCGAGAACAUGCAGCACACGCAUCCAGUGCGCCCGCGACCGAGGUCGUAACUGAAAUCGCAGGCAAGCACUUCGAAACUCAGCUAAAGAAUCCGCGCGCCUGGUCACCAGUGCGUAGCGUUGGCUCCAUAGUCGGCACAGAGGCACAUCCGGAGAGUGAUUCUGCCGUGUUCGAAUCAGACUCAACCCACCAUGGCUCAGAUGCAUAUCUGGGUGAGGAUGAAGAUCAUGCUGGUUCGCAAUUUUGGACCGAAUGCGAGGUUAUGUGGAGUUGCGUUGCAGCUGGUGGCGUAAGCGUUGAUCCAGUAAAUGCGCCCAAUUGGUUUAACGAGCAAGCAUCUAGCAACGGCAGAGUAGAUGUAGAUGCAACAUGGCGAAAAGAUAUUAUUGGCAAGUUACAAAAACAAAAGGAAAAUCUAAAAAAAUUGAAUCACGUAGAAAAAUACGAAAAGGCAGUCGAGCUGAGCUCAUGGAUUAAAUCAGCGGAGGCACGUUAUCAACGGCCCGGUGGAGAAUUCGAAGAUUGUUUAAUCGAAUUAGAAUGGGUGAGUGGUGCAACGGGCAGUGCCGGUGCAGCAGAUGCGAGCACAACUAUCGCAGACUCCGAUUCCGGUACAUUUACUGUGCUCAAUCCAGAUGGUGUUACUACAAAAAUUCAGUUUUCACUGUCAGCUAUCACAUGUGUGCAGUGCUGUAGCGAGCCGUCUUCACCGCGUAUCGCGCUGCACGCACCACGUUUACCAAUCAAUUGUUCGCCGAUAAAAUUGCAAUUCUCCAGUGAUGCCGAAAUGGAGGAUUGGCUAUCUCAUCUCAGUUCUGUUUGUUGUCAAAUAAAUGAAGUGUUGGGCAAGCCUGCACACAAUUCCAUUUGGAUCACCAGUGACCUAGGCGAAGUAUUCGUUUUCGAUCCACUCAAUAUGAAGGCAAAUCAGUUGGACAAAGAACGCAAUUGUUAUGUGGAGAAGUUCGAUGUGAAUACAAUGGAAACACCUUACUACAACACACUAUAUAAUGGAAUGCCUAUUGGUACAGAACUGGAGGUGUCUGGUUGUGUUUACGACGAUGCAGAUCAAAUACGCUUUGAUUUACAGUGCCAUCCAAAUAUAAAAACACAUCCCAGGGUGGAAAAAUUCCGUGUCAUUGCGAUGCAUAUUAAUCCAAGAUUUAAUGAGAAUACCAUAGUUCUGAACAGCAUGUGUGACUCAGAAUGGCUUAAUGAAAUACGUAAUGAUAACGUGGUAUUCGCACCUGGGGCGACUUUCACGCUCCGCAUCAAAGCUUUAGAACACCAUUAUCAAUUGAAUGUGAAUAGCACGCACUUCGCCGACUACAAGUACCGCACAGAUCCUGCCGCCGUGACUUGUCUUUACGUUAGCGGACGUGUAAAACUAUUUAAUAUUGUCUAUCGUUGUCCCUCACUGAUCAUCUCUAUGCAAGAGAUGUAUUGGCGUCAAAUUGGUGGCCA